GAUUCAGAUUCAGAUCGGUUCCCUAUGGCACAGAGUAAUUCCGAGAACAGACAGGCAUCGUGCGUGAAUGUGAAACAAAACGAAAGACUAUUCAAUUUUGAAUUUUGUGAAACAUAUCAAGCUCUUUUAUUAAACAAGGGUUAUGAAAUUUUGUUUUGGUUUUUUUAUCAUAUUUUUAAUAUUAAUUUUAUUUGUUGAAGUAGAAAAGCAGCUAUUGUUUUGUGUCUAUCAUUGACUAGAUUGUAUGCCUAUUUCAACGACGAUUUUUUGACAUGGCUUUUGGCUUCAUUAUUUUGACAUUUGAACAUUUCGAUGUCAAGCGCUACGUAUUUCUUUGAAAAAAGUCAAUUAUUCAUCAUUUUCCGUUAUUUCUGCACUUUUUACGAUCGAAUAAAAACGGACAGAAACUAGUUAUACUUGAUAGUCAGUACGACAAGGGCACGAUCUCCAGAAAUUCCGCGAGAAACAUGUGACACGAAUACGAAAAAGGGCUUUCAGACCGUCAAUGUGACAGAAAUGUUUUCUGCCAUCGCGACGAGCCAGCGCCACUGCGAAGCCUCAACCACUACAACGCGUGCUACACGAGAAGCGAAAUAGGGUAAGGACGUUAAAAAUGAGCGCGAGAUGGCCAGUCCGCCACCGAACCCUAAAGAAGGCGAGGAGGGCGGCUCCGAGUUCACGGAGGAGUCGAGCGGGGAACGCGCGGCCACCCCGCAGAAGACAUUCAUAGCGCCACCCGCCUCGCAGCUGCCCACCAAGUUACAGUACGUCGCGCUUGGCGCACCCGGCCCUAGUGGCGGGAUCAAACAGUGUUUCCGCACGGUGAAAGCAGCCCGCCGCGUUCCCACGCUGCCUCGACGGCUCAAGGAGGGUGAGGACCCGGCCGCGGGCCCCAGCACGUCUGCCGCGGGCGCCGCGUCUGAGCGACGUACGCGACGCGACCGUAGUAAGCGACACGUUUGUACCACCUGUGACAAACGCUUCUCCAGUCCUGGGAAACUCACGCAGCACAUCCUAUCCCACACUGGUGAGCUACCGUUUUCAUGUGAGCACUGCGAUAAAAAAUUCAAUUCGAAAUUUAAGCUUGUACGCCAUAGUUUGAUCCAUAGUGAGGCUAGAGCCUUUGCUUGUAAUGUAUGCGGCAAAACUUUUAACAGAAAAGAUCACCUUACAAAUCAUGUUAGAGUUCAUAAUCCUGUUAAAAAAUUUUACACAUGUGAUAAGCCAGAUUGUAGAAAAUCUUACUCUUCAUUAAUGAGUUAUCGGAAGCACACGGCUUUGCAUUCAGCUGAGGAAGGAAAUUUACAGUGUAAGAUCUGCGAUGAGGUCUUUAACACACGCCAGGAAAUCAUUUAUCAUCUUAAAGUUCAUACAGGAAGUCGGACUGUUAAAAAUGAGACUGAUAAAAAGUUUACUUGUGAUUACUGUGAACGAAGGUUUUUCACAGCAAAAGAUGUGAGGAGGCAUCUAGUUGUACAUACAGGUAGGCGUGAUUUUUUAUGCCCCUUCUGCCCGCAGAAGUUUGGCCGUAAAGAUCAUUUGGUAAGACAUGUUAAGAAUGCUCAUCCUGACAAAUCAUUGAGAUCAGCUUCAGUUGGUUUGUCGACUGAUCCAGUUCCAGAGGCCACUGCAUAUGAAGAAACCUUUACUGAAUUUCAAUUGGAAGGCACAGAGUUCACAAUAUGGAAGCCAGAAUCUAAGGAGAGCACAUCUGAAGCGCCUACCAGAGUACCAUCCUCUGAGAUAAUUGUUGAAAUUCCAGAUAACCCACCUGAUCUAAAUAUAAAAGUGGAACCGUUAGAAAUCAAAUUGGAGGACCCUUUAGAUAUAAAACUUGAGGAGCCACAAUCUCCCAGUUGCGAGAUCCUGCCAGUUAGUUACCCUGUGGUGUACAUGGUUGGUCCGCCAUUCUCUCAGACGCCGUCAGACUUGCCGUACAUGACGACGCAGCCGCUAUCGGAGGAACAUUUGCUCCACACAGAGAAUGUGGAGUCACUGUUGUUGGAUCCGGGCGAAGGUCCGUCGGGUUUGUCGAGUCAGAUGCUGGGCCUAUUGGAGGAGGGUGAGCCGUCGUACACAGGCGAGGAAGUUCGUCAGCAGCGGCUGCCGGCGUUCACGCAGGCAUUCCAGACGGCACAGAGUCCCAAACCUCCGCCCCCGCCUCCACCACCUCACUAGCCCCACGGCGGUAUCCCGCAUUUAACCACUGUGAAUAAAACCGAACUACCUCACUAGGUAAGAUUGGUGUAAGCUGUAAAUAGUCAGGAGUAGUAAUUCAAUUGUAAUUUGUUGGACUCUAUGACCAUGUAAGUUUUAUGGAAAUCGGGGGACGGACGCCCUCUGUUUAUAUUGCCAAAUUGUAUAUUUGUAUGUCUCAAGUAUACCAAAAUGUUUCCGAAUUCUACAUGAAUAUGUGAUCUAGUCGUGUAUGUACUUUCGGAAUUGUAUAUUGUUUAUUUAUAGCAUAACAUGCAUGACGUUUAUGGAGUUAAAUGGGACCAACUCUGUGCUUAUUUCAUGAUUAUGGGAAUAUUCAGGUCUGUGGGUUCAUCAAGCAGAUUGCCUUAUAAAGUAUGACUCUUGGAAACAGUACGCUAUUGCAAUAUGUUUUAGGGAAGCGUGCUGUUUUUGACGCGAUGUAAUUACACUUUAGAGCAUACUAUAUUCUAUUAGUAAUGGUUCUGAAUUCUGCAAAGUAACAGCAUAUUUAUGAACAGCUACAUUGAAACGGCAAUCAAAUAGAGCAUCAAAUCAGCAGACUUGAGCUAGCAACAAAAUGCAAUAAUGAAAUAUAACAAUGCAUAUACCUCAGAGGCGAUGCCUCCUUAGCAUAAGACAAUAUAUUAAUUGGGUGUAUAUCAGAUUGAUGAGUAAAUUCAAAUUACUUUUUCAUUGAUAUUUACAAGACAAGAAUAUGUGCCAAAACCAUUCAGAAAUACUAUCAUUUGGAUAUUAUGAAAGUUGUUUUUUAACUCAUUGGAUCCAAUUCAUAUAAUGAGUAUUCCAUACAUAUUUCUUAGGGGUAUAUAUUAUUUCGACAUAACAAAAAUGUUGCAGGGAAAUUCAGAAUUUCUUAUUGGUAGAAAGAAACAUUUUUCUUGGCAUUCUUUAAUAGGAUUAUGUAAUUUGUUUUGUGAUGUGAGGAUGUAAAGUGUGUUAGAAAAUUAUAGUGCAAAUCUAAACAGCACGGAACGUUGGGACGAUGUGCAGCUGGAUUAUUAGGUGUCUUGCAUUUCAGUACCGCUGGCAUUAUUUUAGAUCUUUUAAACUUUACUUUUCAUUCAGAUUCAAAAUUUGAAGAAUUUUUAAAUUGGGAGAAUUUGUUGAAAGUUAUGUUUAGAAAAAAAAUUUUUUUUUUUGCAAACAAAGAGAUUCAUAGUGACUGUAGCAAAUGCUCUUAAAAUUGUUAUUAUAACGGUAAGGAAAAUAAGUUGAUUUUUAUUUUACAAAUUUGGCAAUGAGAAGAGAAGCUCCAUCUUGAACAAGGAAGAUUUCCUGCAAAUAUGAAGUUUUGAAAUUUGGGCACUAUUUUGUAUGAUAUAAGGUGGGAUUUUCAAUGUUAAUAGAGUGUAAUCGCAUUUUAUUAGAACGCGUUUUUAAACGAAAUCUUUUAAAAAUUAUUUCCAGUUUAAUUGAUUAUAAAUUCUUCUUAUAAAUGUUCAUGUAUUGAUAAUAAAAUGAAAACUUGUACGGCAAGAAAUUAACCAAUUUUGGAGCCUGGGGUGCGAGUACCUAACUUUAGCCAUAGGAUACGACAUAUGUACAGUGUUUGGUACAGUUUAGUUGUACAAUCAGUAGCCUUAUCGCUAUAGAGCAAUUUCUUCCAGGCAACUACUUUGAUAUAUCAUUUAGUGGGUAACGUCUAAGUUGGUAAUAAUCAUUCUUUAUUAUGUGUUGUAGUAGUAUAAUGAAACAAACUAUAACGUCGCCAAGAUGUCGUUUCCUACGACAAGAGUCAUGGCUAGUAAGUUAUGCGGUCGCACCCCUGAUAUGCUGCUAUAUUUCUAUACAAAAAUGUGAUCCACUGAAAAUAAAUCCACAAUAGGAAUUCUUUUGCCAAAUUUGAAUGGGAAAUAUUUCUAUAAGCUAUGAUAUAAACAACAAAAUAUUUUGUUAAAAUAUUGCAUUCAAUAAACAAUCUUAAGAGCAUUGCUUAUCAAAACCAGACAUUACGUAUCUUACCUGACAUUAGGACAUUACAAUACGUAAAUUUUAAUAUUAUUAUGUUAAUUUGAUGGUUUUAUAAUUACCUAACAAUAAUCAAUGUUAUGGCGUCUGAAAAUGGCGAGUAGGUGUUGAAUGUUAUUUAAGCGCGAUUUCGGUACCGUGCCCUUUAUGAAUAUCUUAAAU